GAGCCCAAAAACCCUCGCCGAGGUCGAAGCGUGGAUCUGUAGAGAAGUGAAGAAGUAGAAUUACCUCAAAGAGGUUAAGUUUAUUAUUUGAAGCUCACUCUUCAAGGCUGGAGUCAAAUUCUUUCGAAGAUGCGUUGGACAAUUUUUCUCGUGUUUGUUUUAUAUUUCACAGCCACAGAGGAAGCUAUCGCAGGUUGCUCAUCGCCUCUUGGCUUGGCGUCAGGCUCAAUACAUGACUCGCAGCUUUCGGCAUCUACAUCCAUGAGCGACUGGUUGCUGCCGUCUGCAGGACGACUUCAUAACAAUUUAACGUCGAACUCAUUCGGGGCUUGGUGUGCAGAAGACGUGGACUUGGAUCAGUGGUUUCAAAUUGACUUACAGAGGACAACAAACGUGUCAGCUGUAGCUUCUCAGGGAAUUGACAUCAUUAUGGCUGGUUACUGGGUGGCGUCAUACUCUUUGAACUACAGUUGCGAUGGAAUCAAAUGGCAUUCUUAUGCCAUACAAGGAGUACCUGUUAUAUUUCAGGCAAAUAAUGAUUCUGAUAGUGUGGUAACGAACACGCUUUCACCAUCCAUAUUGGCUCGGUUCAUUAGAGUGUUGCCCUUGGAAUGGAAUCAGCUGGAAACCAUUUGUCUGAGACUGGAAUUAUAUGGAUGCAAAACAAGCCAAGCCUGUCCACACCCUACCAAGGCUACAAUGUCACCAAGCCAGGCAGCAGCAUACUCAUCUUCAGUAACCAAGGCUCCAUUAACUGGUUUGCCUCCGAGAUUUUCAACGCUGAGUUCUAAGACGGGGAACAGGUCACAUAGCACUGACAGCCUAGCCACUGAUACAAACACAAUUCCCAUCGCAUGUUCUUAUGCCCUUGGAAUGCAGUCUGGUGCGAUUAACGAGUCGCAAAUAAAAGCUUCCUCUUUCGACAGUGUUUGGACCCGACCAUCGGAAGCAAGACUUCAUAAUCAGUGGAGCCUUAACCAUAGAUCUCUAGGGGGUUGGUGUGCAGCAGACGCGGAUAUGAAUCCUUUCUUACAAGUGGACCUGUUAAACAACUCUAUUGUCACCGCAAUAGCCACACAAGGUGUCCCAGCAAAUGGAAACAUUGCGUUGAGAUACAAACUUAACUACAGCUGCGACGGGAUAACUUGGUUUGAGUAUCAAGAAGGAACGAUUUUUGAAGGUUAUCGCAAAAAUUUGCGGGCUCGACAAAACAAGCUACCAGUGCCCUUUAGAGCUCGGCUCGUGCGAAUUCGACCGCUUCUCUCCAGGCAGUACGAAAUACCCUGUGUGAGGCUAGAAAUCUAUGGAUGUAGCAUGGCUAAUUCCGUUUGUGGAACGAAGAAUCAACUAAACACCACGAUAAACCCUGAUCAACGCUCCACACAGGAUACCAAGGCCCGAACAACAUAUAAGACAACGUCAAGACUGAAUCUGAGGCCUACAAGACCAAAGGACAUGAUUGUAAUUGUGCGAGAUCAUCCAAGUAACGACUCGUUAGGUUAUAACUUUAUGCCCUCUUCAACAGAACGUCACAUUUUCAGUUUAUUACUUCCUCUAACUUUAAGUUUUCUCCUCGUAAUACUGACUCAGUGAUUACUAUAAUGACAGAUUCCUGAUCAACUCUCUUUCGGAACGGUAGAAACCUUGUGAAAAAUAUGUAGAACUGGAGGCGGAGGUCUGGAGGUCUGUGGACUGAGUACCGUCACAAGCCAGAGAAAGUUAACUAGAAUCUGACGACUGCCAAUUUUGUAGAUAUUUCUGGCUAAUAAUCUAAGCUUGUUACGUUAGCCUAGAAAGGAGAUGAAGGGGGGGAAAUUCACUUAGCCUGCAGAACAAGCGUAAUUUUUUUUGUGUUAUGCACGCGAACAGAGACAAGCGCUAGGUGAGGGGAGGAGUACGAUUCUUCCUUCGUUACGCCUUGCCUCCGUUCGACUGAAAAACGCGAAAAAUUGCACCAGUUCUGCAGGCUAUAAUUCACUCGAGUGUGAAGCACGAUUCCAACGAUCCAGCUUUUCGCUCUCUUCGCAUUUCAUGCGCAAAUAUUAUUUUCCUCUCACCCUCCCCUUUAGGAACUAGGUUUGCCGGCUAACAAUGAUAAGUGGUUACGUUUUAGCUUUCUGUAAAUACUAAAAUUGCUCGGUAAAAACAAAUUCAAGUCGAUAUUAUUUAUUGCUGUAAAGCGCACCCUUCUUACUUUUACUCGCAUUGGGUGCAAGUCGGUGAAAAUUAUUCACCGUUCGACGUAAUUGGCUCCUGCCGUUCAAUCAUUCUGACAAACAAGAUAAACAAGAAACCGUAUUGAUCGGAAAAAAAU